AUGAAGAACCUAGAAUCUGAGCAAAAAACAAAUGAAGAGUUGAAGAAACUAAGAAAAAAAUCCAAAUUACCUGAGAUUUGGUUGAAAGAAUCCAUUGGAGGACUUGACUUAGGUCAAGCCAAAGAAUUCAAAGGUAAACUUGAAAAUUUGAAGAAACAAGUGAUAUAUGAAGCUUUCAAAAGCUUCCUAGCAACACCAUUUCCUCAUCCUGGCUUUUAUGGGGGAAGCUCUAGUAAUGCUCCUUGUGGCGGGGUUGAUGGUAACGUGAAUGCUUUCGACAACCAUAACAUGGUUCCCCCCAAUCAUCCUUCACCAUUUGUCCCCGGAUUCAACCAUAACAUGGCUCUCCCCAGUCAUCCUAAUCCGAAUGAAUCUGGAAAUGAACAUCCUCAUGAUGGCCAUCCUCCUCAGCCUAGAUCAGAUUAA